CGCGUGGGAACGUAUACCUUCCUAUUUGGAACAUUCCUUCUCAGGACUUUCCCUUCCCUUUUUGGGGUGGCGGGAUCGGGCUCCGGAUCGGACUAUCGAUCUCGGGACGUAGGGAGCGUUUGUUGCUUUGCUGCCACCACCACACUCGCGACCGUGUUACAUAUAUAAGCCAGGAUGUGCGCAUGCGCAGACGAUUGAUUUCUCGGUUCUGCGGCUCCUUGCCCGUCACUGUGCCACCUCCCGCUCCUCUUCUCCGUUGUCGGUGCUGCUCUCAGGCUGUCGACGUCCUAGUUUCCCCUCCCCCCCUCAACUCGCAUGCCGCAUACUAAGCACCCACAUAUGAACGCUCUCGCAUCCACAUCCCGCUCGUCGUCCGACAUGGGCGCCAUGCUCUUAGACGUUGUCGUCAAGGCCAACCCGCAAGCGCUCCUCCCCACGCCCUUCACCAACAACAACCCCAUAAGAGUCAUUCAGCUCGUCGAGAUUGCUGCCCCACCGCGCAGCCUGGUCCCUCCAACGACUGAUUCGUCCGUCUACUCUAGUGAGGAUUCAGACGAUGACGAAGACGAGGAAGACUCUGUCGACGAGGAAUCGUAUUGCUCUUCCUCCCCUGGUGAUGAGGAAGACGCGGAGGCUAUGGAGGAGGAACGGCAGGAGGAGCUGACUAUGCAGACUCGUAUUCUUGCAUGGCGUGCUCGGUUUGAGAAGGAUGAUACGCGUUCAUCGUCGAGCGGGCGUUCAACGGGAGGACGACUCAAACGUCCGGCAUCCUCCGUGUGUUCGUCCUCGUCUUCGGUUCCCUCCAAGCGGUCGCGAACAUCCAUGUCGCCGUCGGUUUCGGUUUCGGUCUCGCCUGCGGCUUCCGCCGUCAACGCAUGUACACCAUCAGCCGCAUCGCCCUCGUCAUCACGGUUCCUUGCACCGCCAUCACCCCUCGCGCGCCGCCACUCGUCUCCGCGACAGGCUAAGCCGUCGCCACUGGCAUUCUCAUUGACAGCCCAUGUCGUCAAUUCUCCGCCGGGCUCACCGGCAGCGGGCCACGUGCACCAACGCGCGCAGUCGUUGGUAGGGUCAGAGACGACAUGCCCCGCAUGCGACCGAUGGUUCAGCAGUCGGGAGGCGUUUGAGCUGCAUGCUUCGCUACGAAUGGACAACUAUGGGGCCGAAGCCUGCGGGGCCGCCGUGGCCUACGCGCAAGAACCCGCCGCCAUGGAUACAUCCUCUCCGUUGCCCGCGUGACCGUCUCCGACCACGGCGACCACGACGACCACGACAAUGACGACGACAUGGUAUCGUCUCUUUGUACCGCCUUGGGGGCGUCGGAACGUAUAUCUUAGGGGGGCUGAUGUCUCCCGGAAAAGUCAUUCUACAAGUUCUCUGCGAUCAUGAUGGGGAGAGCGCCACAUUGCGAUGGGGCCCGGCUUGGGUUUCCGAUGGGGCCCCCCCUUCGCGGUGGGAAAUUUGGUCUACAUACUUGCUGCUGAGCUAGGCGUCCGUGCGUCGGCUAGCGCUGGGUCCCUGGGCCGGUGUCCCGAACCUGAGCGCGAUAUCGCGCGUGCCUUGAACGCCUGUUUUCGUUGCGCUUUCACGUUCUUGUCUUUGUCCUUUUCUUUUCGCUUCGUGUCUUUGACGCAUACAUUUGGUUAUUCCCACCGCAUCUUGUAUUACACACUGACCGCGCAUUGCAUUGGAUCGUAGAGUAUCUGCCGUCUACAUAAUCGAGCAUCGCAUACGCAUACUUCUUACUACCUGUAAUUUUAAUAGCUACUGUAAUGUCCAGAAUGGCAAUCGACGAGCGUGUGCUCCCCGAGGACAUGGUCUGUUCUCCAGCGAACAGCGCCAACGAUGUGCGAAAUGCAGGCCGUCAUCGCACCCUCGGUCCGCUGCCCCUCUCCCCGUGACCGCCCACGCCGCACCGCUGAACCUCCGAGGUUUCCCACCCGAGAGCAUGCGCCCAGAGGAAUACGAGCAAAAGAAGCUUGCGGACCGGGCGUUCUUCUCGAGUGCGGCUGGUCAGCGUCGGCAUUCAAGCGAGUAAACAGACCGAGAUGCCUUCUCGCAACCCAGAUAAGCUGACGUGUUGCGUGCAAAUGGGGAGUCUGAUCUGGGUUUCCCACGCAGAUGGCGGUAGAUAGGUAAUUGCGAAAAGAGGAGGAGCACGAACACCACCUUGUUGGGCCUUGGCCCGCAUGAUCUUGGGAGGCUCGGAUACUGGGUGACAGAGUUCUGAUUUCCAGGGAAUUAGAGUUGUGUGGGACUGGCUUGGGCUCUGAUGCAGAGGCACUAAUUCAUGAUAAAACGGGGGCGAUCAAGCACAAGUGCAGUACAUAUGUGCGCUCCAAUCUGGAACCCGGCACGACGCCGACGCCACGGAAGUUCGACCUACUUACUGGGAGAAGGUUCGCGGAACGAUUCCGCCCGUGAGAACGUCCGAUAGCCACUCAUAUUGAAGCUCCGCCG